CUCUACUCAGGGCAAAGCAGGAGCUGCUACACUGGUUCCUCUGGCUUCCCGGCUCAGGCUCACAAACCAACAUUUUUAGGAUCAGUUUGCUAAGACCAGGGCAAGACCAAGCAGCCAAAAAGCAAGGAGGGGCAAUGCUUCGCAUUUCUGAGAGGUUUAUCUAGCCCAGCCACAAUGAACUGCUGGAAGCACUACAUUGACGGCAUCCUGCAUGACAAGAUCAUUGAUGAUGCGGUCAUUGUGGGCCUCUGUGACAACGAGACUGUGUGGGCGGCCAAGGAAGGAGGGCUGCUGUCAGCUGUCUCACCUCAAGAAGUGAAACUGAUCACAGGCCAAGACAGGAAAACGUUCCUGUUAACUGGAAUCACCAUCGCAUGGAAGAAGUGCAGUGUGAUUCGUGACAACCUGCUGGUGGAAGGAGACAAUGUGAUGGAUGUCAGAAGCAAAGGCGGUGACAGCAGAUCCAUCUGUAUUGGCAGGACCCCCAUCGUCCUGAUCAUCGUCAUGGGCAAGAGAGGAGUCCAUGGAGGAGUCCUCAAUCUGAAGGUCCAUGAUAUCAUUGCAGGCAUGAAAUUGUGAGGCAAAUGGUACCAGAGGGACAGACAUCUUCCACCCAAGUACAGUGACAUUGUCACAGCUUUAGCAGAGAAAGGAAAUAAACCUGGUUUUCUUGC